GAGAAAGAAAGAAAGGAAAAGAAAGUAAGUAAGAAGAUUUGAGUAAGAAGAUACGAUAUCGCAUAAUAAAACGAUGGGAAUGAAAGUCAAUAGCACUCGAUAGUAACGUAAAGAACGCGAAUACACGUGAGUGGGAAGUAAUGUAACGGAGGAUAACGCGCGAACUCGUAAAAUGAGAAGCGCCGAGUGGAUUACCGGUCAGUUCGAAACCGAGGCGAGAGUCAGUAGCUUCCUACGGUACACAAACGCGAACCAUUACGUGAUACAUAUCCAGUACGCGGAUUAACUUUUACACAGUUCGAUAAGAGAACUGUUGCAUACGCGGUACACGCGCUAAACUACGCUAAAAUAUAAAUUACGAUAAUAAAUUGCUACAUGAUAUGCCAUAUAUAUAUGUAGAUACGAUACACAAUUGUAUAUUUAGAAAUAAAAUAUACGUCUGUGUGACAUGUUCGCUUUAGAAAUACGGAACGAAUAGCAGUCGUUUUGGACAUGUAAAGAAGAUAGUAAAAUUCGUCGACUAUAGCCAGACAACGUGUGACCGUACGUGUUACAAUUACGAUCUAAUGGAAGAGACAGAUGCGGAUAUUUAAAAAAGAAGAAACAUCGACUCGUUGUUAGAGAAAUAAGGAAACUGGUCCUAUCGGAUUUGUAUCAGCAGCGAAGAAUCUGUGGUAUUAAGUGCAAUUAUGUCGUAGCCCUGAUAAUCAGCGUCCAUCAAAAUUACCCCAGUUAUAGUACAACGACCGUCUGAGGUGCCUAACGCACCUUGAUGAAACAAACAACGUGUCUCUACUGCAAAUUGAAGAGUACGCAAGAGAAGAGAAGAGAUGGAAAGAAAAAGAAGCAUACUGGCACUGGUUGGACUAAUUCUAUUUCUCAAGUCUUCGAAUACCGAAAGCGGUAGCAGCGGUGGCAACGGCAACAGCUAUAACGGACACUUAUUUUCUCACCACCAUCGACAGAAGAGACUGCUUUGGAUAACUAACGAUGGUCGAAUAGCUUUACCACCAGGAACGAUUAUGACGAUAACUCCAACAUUGGCGUUACCCUUUGUCAGAUACCCUCCCUAUGGUUUUCUUAGCAACAUGACUGUUAGCCUUCCCUUUACCAUCGAUUUCGACAAACUGGGUUUAACCGAUAACGAAAACCCUUACGGCGCUUUACCAUCGGCGUUUGACACUACUGCAAGGGAUCAGGGAUCGAAUGCCGCAGAAUUUAUCGCGACAUUCGUAAAACGUGGAAUCAGCAAAAGAGAAGCACUCGCAGAUUUGCCAAAGAACGCACUUUACGGAGGUGAAAGAGCUCUUUUGUACGGUACCGCUGAGGAUAUGCUCGCAAAUUUCGGUUUAAAUGGAAAGGCCUGUCUAUUAAGGGCAAUCUGUGAAGUGCAGGGGCAUCCCCUAAGCAAUUUCGGCUUAAUCGGGGAAAUGCUCAAACUCUUUUUCACUGCUAGCAAAUCACCAUUUUCGAACCUUUUAAAAGAAUAUGUUGAAGCUGAAAAUAGAGGCAAGUUUCAUGGGGAGUGUUGGCCUUACUUCAAAGAUUGUCCAAAAUCGUUAUUCCGCUUAUCAGAGAAUAAAUAUACGAAAGAUGCCUUCCACGAAGAUGCUACAACUGACGAAUCAGAUGAGAUAGAAAAGAAAAAUCGAUACUUUCCUUCGAUCCAGUCAAUGGAUCGAGCAACAAAGAGAGAAACUCAGUUUUCUCGAAAUUUGAAACGUGCGAUACACCCGUUAAUGUAAAUAAAGUCACUCGAAGCUUAGUCUAGAUACAUGCAUAUAGUAUGUAUAUUCCCAAGUCGAAAAAAGGUAUGACACGAAUCAACUAUUGUAUGUAUAUGUAUACUUAACUUACUUACGCGCAUCUUUCCUUUCCUUCGAAAUAUUUUUCUUUACUAGGCUUGGCUUUAAAGCCAGAUCGAAGUCGAUUUUGACCAACACCCACUUAUUACUCCUUCAAUUUCACGAUCGUAAACUGAAAAAAGCUGCGCUUUCUCGACUUGAUGGAAAAUCAAAUAUGUAAUUGCAUUUUACGCUUUAUCGGCCCCCCAUUGUGAGGCAUACGUCGCAUGUGCGCAUGGCACGUGCACGAUCUUUCAUCGCCAUAUUAUAUUUAGUAAUUUAUUUGGUGUUCGUAUCGUCCUAGAUCAUAAUAAAAAUACGGUAGAAAAGUACCUUUCAGUCGUUUUAAAUUACACAACAAUUGCGAUUUCGAUCAUUUUUUAUUGUAUCGAUGUGCGUUCGAACGAAUACACGUAUGUAUGUAUGUAUGUAUAGUGUAUAUAUACUCUUAUUUCUCGUCAUCUUCUCUGUAUAAUGUUCCGUAUUCAAUUUUCUUGUACGUGUAUAUACAUGUACGCGUAUUAAAAUUUCACCGUGUAAUCAACUACACAAAUUUAUCUAUCUAAAACACAAUCAGGCCAAUUCUAUAACAGAAUAUUGCAGUGAAUGAAAAUCUUCUUAUUACUAUAUUUGUCGCUAGAUAUGUAUACCUUGUAAGAGUAAUUAACAGUUUUAAUAGUAUGCGCGACGAGCAAAACUAAAAUUGUUUCACAUAGUAUAAAUAUUUGUCAGCUAGCAAUAGAUAAAACGAUAAGAAGAAUAAAAUAAUGUAUAA